ACAACGACAUGGAUCACAUAGCAGCACUUGAACAGCAAAUGGUAUCAGAGAGAUUGAGAAGGAAGCUUGAAGAAGUCAAUACAGCAGCACAGACCCAUCUCUCUCCUGUUCAAGACCACAUCAAUUUCACUCUUCAGCAAGCAUACUUCAAAUGUGCAUAUGAAUGCUUUGAUAGGAGAAGGAAACAAGAAGAGAUCGGCAAUUGUGUUGAACAUUGCAGUGUCCCAGUUCUUAAAGCUCAGCAACAAUUUGAGAACGAGAUGUCCAAAUUUCAAGAAAGAUUGAAUAGGUCUUUGAUGGUCUGCCAAGACAAGUUUGAGGCAGCCAAGCUCCAACAGGUUGGAUCAGAAGCUGUGAAUGCUCUGGAGUCAUGUGUUGAUCAGUCAAUCCAGGAUAACAUCAAGGCACUGCCCCAUCUGGUUGGAAGAUUGAAAUCAUCUCUCUCCAUCAGUGAUUAAAGUAAAUGAUGCAGCCGCAAUAACUUCUAUAUAUUUUUGUAGUUACCAAAUUCCGAGUAUACAGACCAUAGUGUUAAUUCUGUGCUGUGGCUUUAACAGGGAGAGACUAGAAGAACUAACUAGUCAUUUAUUUUAGCACCUGCUCUGCUUGGUGCUUACCAAAUUUAUGUCAACUUUCAGUUCAAGAAAUUGAGAGAUUGAUUGCCUGUUGGCACCGGAAGGCAGC